AUGGACAACAUAGUGUCCCAAAGGAAGACGGACAAAAUAGUGUCUCAACAGGGGAUCGACAACAUAGUGUCCCAACAGGAGACGGAGAGGGAAAACAUAGUGUCCCAACAGGAGACAAACAACAUAGUGUCCAACAGGAGACAGUAUGGACAACAUAGUGUCCAACAGGAGACGACACUUGUCAGUUGCCGUGGUAACCCUGAUGUUGUGUCCUCAGGUCAGUCCGGUAACCGCGCCUAUUGGGAAACGCAGCACACGCAGCUGCUGCGGAGUCUGUCCCCGGCGCUGCUGGACGAGUACGGCGAGGACUACAUGACCGAGACCAAGGACCUAUUCCAGAGCCACGCCAGCCACGCCAACCCGGACCUGAGCCCCGUGGUGGACGCCAUCGCCACGGCGCUGCUGGCGCCGCGGCCUGCGCCGCGCUACUUCGCCGGGCCAGGCGUCGGCCUCAUGUACUUCGUCCACAGCUACUGUCCCCGCAGCGUCAGCGGACGCUUCCUGCAGCGGCUGUUCGUCCAGAAGACGCUGCCGCCGCUGGCACUGAGGACAACGGAGGGACACGGGCUGGACAUCCACAACAACAACAACAACAACAACAACGAGGACAAGGAGGACAAGGAGGACAAGUAGCAGGCACACAGAGACAAAACAACGAG